AUGGUGGUGCCUGUUCAUCUCACAGUUGAGGCUGUUAAUGAACUUAGAGAAGGUAUCGAUCUGCUUCUUGGUCGAUGGAGUGCACUUCAUAUGGCUAUUCAAAAUGAAUGGGGUGGAUGUGAAACUCGACAGAAAGCCCAACAACUUGCUCUUGAUAUCUAUCACUGGCUAAUCAGACCUGCUGAGGCAUUAUAUGUAGAUGAUUUGGAGAAUUUACUUGAUGAUUUUAUGCUCUCUCUUAAUACAGAGAUCGAGGAUGGUAGCAUUGAGGAGAUAUCAGAGAAUCUAAUGAUCAUACAUGAAGAAUGUUUGGAAGGUAAUUUUGCCUCAAUUGAAAGACUAAGGCAAUCUGCUUCUCAAGCUGCUAAUCAUCGCAUGCAGGUUGUGACUGGUGAUGAUGAUGAUGAUAAUGAUGAGGAAUCUGAUUCAUCCUCAAGUUCAGGGGAUGUGCCAAUGGAUAUGGAAGAUGGAGUUGACCAUUUGAGUGUUGAUGAACCAGGGAGGGGACCCACACCAAUGGUUGAUGCUGAUGGUUGA